AUGUCUACCACAGUUGAAAAAAUUAAGCUUAUUGAAGAUGAAAUGUCUCGAACCCAAAAGAAUAAAGCCACUUCCUUUCAUUUGGGUCAACUAAAGGCUAAAUUAGCUAAAUUAAGGAGGGAAUUGCUACAGUCUGCUCAAGCAGGCAGUGGUGGUGGUGGUGGUGUUGGUUUUGAUGUUGCAAGGACAGGUGUAGCAUCUGUUGGUUUUGUUGGUUUUCCAUCGGUUGGUAAGUCUACUUUAUUAUCUAAAUUAACAGGUACCGAAUCUGAAGCUGCUGAAUAUGAAUUUACCACUUUAGUCACUGUCCCUGGUGUUAUUAGAUACAAAGGUGCCAAAAUACAAAUGUUAGAUUUACCAGGUAUUAUUGAUGGUGCUAAAGAUGGUAGAGGUAGAGGUAAACAAGUUAUUGCGGUGGCUAGAACUUGCAACUUAUUAUUUAUUAUACUGGAUGUCAAUAAACCAAUGCACCAUAAGCAAAUUAUCGAAAAGGAAUUGGAAGGGGUGGGUAUUAGGUUAAAUAAACAGCCACCUGACAUUCUAGUUAAGAAAAAGGAAAAAGGUGGUGUCUCCAUUACAAACACCGUUCCAUUAACUCAUUUGGGCCAUGAUGAAAUUAGAGCUGUUAUGCACGAAUAUAAAAUUAACUCUGCUGAAAUUUCAUUUAGAUGUGAUGCAACUGUUGAUGAUUUGAUUGAUGUCUUAGAAUCUUCCAGCAGAAAGUAUAUCCCAGCCAUAUAUGUCUUAAACAAGAUUGAUUCGUUAUCCUUGGAAGAAUUAGAACUAUUAUAUAGAAUACCUAACGCAGUUCCGAUUUCCUCUGGUCAAGAAUGGAAUUUAGACAAAUUAUUGGAGGUCAUGUGGGAUAGAUUGAACCUAGUUAGAGUUUAUACUAAGCCAAAGGGGAUUAUGCCUGACUUCACUGAUCCAGUUGUAUUGAGGAGCGAUAGAUGUUCUGUUAAAGAUUUUUGUAACACAAUUCAUAAAUCACUAGUUGAUGAAUUCCGGAACGCAUUGGUUUAUGGUACUAGUGUUAAGCAUCAACCACAGUUUGUUGGUUUGAACCAUGUUUUGGAAGAUGAAGAUGUGGUUACCAUUUUAAAAAAAUGA